AUGUCGAGAGGUCUAGCAAUGGAAAAAUUUUUCCGAAAACCGCCUCCAAACGAACUAGCUCUACUCCAUUUUCCCACAUACGAAAAUUACCUAGAUUCAUUCCUCACUGAAUCUGAUCAAUGCUACUUGCAAGAUCGGACCGUGUGCAGGAAAAUUGCCGAGCUCGGAUACCGCCGAGAUGGAUUAACAUACAGCCGGGAAGACUUCGAUAGGAUAAAGAAAAAAGUACUGGCCUAUCUUUCACCAAUACCGGUAAAUAUACAGUCCAGUUCUGGAUUCAAGUCUGGCGACAGCGCCCAAAACGCUCUAGCUAUACGAGAACGAGCCAACAGAGUAGGACUAAUGUCCACAAUAAUUUUCGUCAGUUACACAACGUCAAAAGGACGCGAAGUGUCCGGAUACAUCGAUUUCAGCCACAGUUUGCUCAAACGCAACUGGAAGGAUUUUUUCAUGAACAAGGAGCCUGUUUAUCCAGAACGGACGGAUUUGGGGUAUUUCAAUUGGAGAAAAAACAUUUCGGUCGUCAACGAUUCGUUAUAUUUCAAAACUAUGAACUCGCCGAUCAAAGGUUUGUUGUUUCAACAUAAAAUGGAUCGGAUGGUUAUUUAUCCGGAUCCGUACGCUUUCAAUGCGGGACGGCAAACGACUAGGAAACGGUUUUAUACUGAUAUGUAUAAUAUUUUUGUACUUAUUGAUCAUACUUUGAGGUGUAGGAAAUGA